UCCGCAUGGUGUUCAAUCUACGGGAAUGCGCGGUCCGACGGAACCAAGCGCAUCGUCACACAACUCAAAAUGGCGCUAUGUUUACGUCUCUGUAUAAUCGUGUAUUCUCUCUAAAAAGUCUCAUGGAGAGCUUUCGUGGUUUUAUUCUGUGGGAAAGAUAAUCCGAUCAUUUAGAGAAACCGGGGAUCCACGACAAACCGGACGUUCGGUCUGUGACUCCCAAGUCCCCCAGCAGCAGUCGGAAGGAUGCAGGCUGAGGGCACAGACUCUUCCCUGAGAGAGGGCAUCGAGGCUCUGGGUGUGAGCGACUCGGAGAAACCUGCAGCCGGCAAAGAGGAAGAAGGCAACACACACGAGCAGGACACGGAGAUGACAGCGGCCACAGAAGAGGACACGACCACGAGGGAUGAAACGGAUGGAGAUCCGGAUGCACUGGAACGAGAAGAACACAAGGAUGCGCCUCAGGCAGACUCGGUGCCGGAUGGUGGAGAGGGGAAGCAGGAGGCAGGAGUGGACAGUGAAUGGGAGCUUGCGUACAGUGACGAGGAAAUGGAGGACCCCAAACACUGGAUGCCCCCUCCUGCCGAGAUCAAAAGACUCUAUGAGCUGCUCUCUAAAGGGGAGAUGCUGGAAUUGAACUUCAUGCCCCUUCCUAGGAGGCCCCCUACUCCAGAUCGUACCCCGUCACCUGAAAUAGAAGACGGGGAAGUAACGGAAAAGGAAAGCGAGAGGGAGGAGAGAGACUGCAGGCCUCCAACUCCAACGGAGUUUGACUUUGAUGAAGAGAAAAUGCAAGCCACUCCAAAAAAUGCCUUUGUGAACAGACGCAGAAAACCAGGAUCUUCAGCCCGCUCUGUGAAAAGGGAAGCUCGGCUGGACAAGGUGCUGUCCGACAUGAAACGCCACCGCAAAAUGGAGGAGCACAUCAUGCGAACGGGUCGAGAUCUCUUCAAGACUGAAAAGAAGCUGGAGGAGGCGCUGUCUCCCAACAGCCAGAAGGAGCGGGAGAAGGAGAGGGAGCGAGACAGCAACCCCAACACCAUCUUCUCCCCGAGACAGAGGAGAUACUGAAGUAUCGAUGGAUGAGGACUUUCUCACAGACACAUGGGGCCAAGUGCUUUCCAGGCUUUCUCAAAACUUGAAGUUUUUUUUAUCAAACAAGUUUUGUAUGUUUUGUAUGUGUUUUGUAUUUUGGCAAUAAACAUUUUAAUCCUGGAGAACGUUAA